UUGGGGACACUGCCAGCACCGCUCGGUGCUGGCAGAGCUGGAGCACGACUGGCAGGAGGGCAGCGGGGGCGGCGACGCCCCAGGACAGUUCAGUGCCACGUUCCUGGACGGAUCCUACCUGGCUCUUCCCGGGCACCUCUUCCCUCGUGGCCCCCCCGAGGCGCCCGAGACCAUCGAGCUGGAGCUGCGGACGCUCAGCGCCCACGGGCUGCUGCUGUGGCACGGGAUGGAGCCCGGCGAGGGCGGCAAAGCCAAAGAUUUCCUGGGACUCGGGCUGAAGGACGGGCACCUGGUGUUCAGUUACCAGCUGGGCAGUGGCGAGGCCACCAUCGUCUCUGAGGAUCCCAUCAACGAUGGCGAGUGGCACCGGGUGACGGUGACCAGGGAGGGCCGGCGUGGGCAGCUCCAGGUGGACGGGGAGGAGCCGGUGAGUGGGGAAUCCCCCGGAUCCAACAUCAUGGCCAACACCGAGGGCAACGUCUACGUGGGCGGAGCCCCGGACCCCCGCGCCCUCACCGCGGGCAAGUUCAGCUCCGGGAUCUCGGGCUGCGUGCGGGGGCUGGCGCUGGAAUCCGCCGGGAUCCCCCCCCACCCCAUCGACCUGCGGCACGGCGCCGUGGGGGGGGCCCCCGUGCCCCCCUGCCCCUCAUAACGCCCCCCCCGGAACACAGUUUGGGGGGGAUUCGGCCGAUUUUACUCUUUUCCAAAAAAAAAUCCAAACAAAACCGCCAGGAGGAAACGGUGCUUCGCUGCCCCGGGGUGAGCCCGGGGGGGGGGCCGGGACCCCCAAAAAUGUUUACACCCCCCUCCCAGCGGCCCCCCCGAAGCUGUGCCGGGGCGGCCGGGCCGCCUGGGGGCCCCCCCGGGGUGGUGCGGGGGGCGGGGGGGGCGCGAGGGACAAUCGGGGUGCUGGGGGGACCCCCCCGCGGGGACAGCUAUUAAAGGAGAGACAACCA